AUGUUGGUACCCCAACUCACCGUCCUGCUACUUUCACAAUCAUUCUUGUUGUCCGUUUGGGCAAGACCCGAUUCACCUCGAGUGCUUCGAAGGGAUGGCAAUCACGAUGUCAUCCAAGUAACGGGCGAGAAUAAAUUCGGUCUCCCUUCUGGAGUGCUCAUGGAACUUCUCUUACCACCCGUCAUCACUGAUGUCAAUGAAACCACCACAAACAACGUAACGGGGGAUGUCAACAAUGAUUCAACUACCUCCACGGCUCACAGCCUCGAAGAAAGAGGCCUGGCUAACAUCGCAUGGGCAGCUACCAAGCUGUUUUGGAACCCUUUGAGCUUCUCCUCUUGGCUCAACCUUGGAGGUUUGGGUUGUACCAUUGUCGGUUUAGCUGUCAAGCAAAUCCCAAAUUGGGUCAAUUACGGAUGCGCCUUUGCUGGUUUCGUAGGAGCGAUUCUUUCGGUGUUUCAAGGUCGACAAAACGUUUACGAUGCAUAUUAUCAGUACCAGCAAGAACAAGGUAACAUAUUGCUCCUGAAUGAACUCCCCUUCGCCAGCUUUUACGGGGAGCUACGUCGCAGUGAAGUUGCCAACUCCACCGGAUACGACCAAAUCAACUGGCUGCAAAGUCACUUCGUAAACAAGACGCUCGAACGAGCUCGAUCAUCAACCGGAUAUACCCUACACGAUGCCACUGCCGGUUAUGGACUCACCACACCGAUGGCCCUCUUACUUGCUACCGAAUCGAAUCCCGCCAUCGUCUCUUGGGCAUUGGACGGAGAGCUCCAACAUCUUCCCACGGCAGUGUGGCGCAACGAAUCCGCCAAAGGUAUAGGAUUCGUUGGACGAUCCCUAAAUUGGUUACCUGUAACUGAAAAUCACAAGAGAGACAACUGCGGUUCAUAUUGCGUGUACUAUGCGAACGGGGGUGAACAAUACUACAGUUCAAGCCAAAACCAAAAUCCAGAUGCUCCCGAUGCGAUCUACUACGGAGAAGACUUCUACGGUAAUGCCGAUCAAUUCGUUGAAAUCGAUGAUGAUUUCGGAGGGGAAUACGCAAGUUCGAAUGGUCUCGCUGAAGCUGCCGGGUAUCUGUCAAAUGACGCUGGUGGGUCAGGCUGGUGGGAUACUUGCGUAUGUUUCCAAACUUCGAACACUUGGGUCUCAACCGGUUCGAUACAGAUGACUUGGAACAACGGGGGUUAUAAUGGUUAUGGCCAGUGUUGGCAACCUAACUGCGGUGCUGGAUAA